AUGUCCAUAGGAAGAGUCCUUGGUGGUUCCAGUUCAUCAAGCUACCUGCUAUACUCCGUAGGAAACCAUUAUGAUUACGACAACUGGGCAGAAAUAGUCAACGAUAGCACUUGGAACUGGGAGAAUGUUUUACCAUACAUUAAAAAGUCCCAGAGACUCGAGGAAUCUUCCAUCAUUAACUCGUCCCAAGGACAGUACUUCGGAACCGAAGGAAACAUUGGACUAUCCCUCUCUUUAACAAAUAAAAGAGAUAAAUAUUUCAAAGUAUUCGAAGAAACUGGGAGCCAAAUCCAGGUAGCUUUUAGUGGAAAUAAUUCCCUAGGCUACUCUGAUGCCUUGUUCACCAUACCUUGGAAUCCUCACAAGUAUCCAGCAUCAGUUUUAAUGGGCUAUGUGUCUUUGAACGAGUCGAGUAACUAUCCUGACUACCAAACUAUCAACUUUGUGAGUCUACCUACGUACCUCAUGAGCUAUUGCACCUUUACGUACAGCCAGACUGACGAGAUCUGCAACAAUAUGAUCGGGACUGAUGUCAACUCCGAGAUGAUGUUUUCUAUAGUAAACAAGCAGCUGUACAAGUCGAGAGGAGAAAUUCUUUUGAAGAGUCGCGACUUUAUGGAAGCUCCUUAUAUUUAUACCAACUAUUAUACAGAAGAAGAAGAUCUAGAUGACCAUGCGAGAAUAGUAGAAGAUUUUAUGAAGGUUUUGGAUACAGAUGCGUUUCAGGAAAUCGGUGGUACAUUCAAGGAUCCUAAAUUACCUGAUUGCACAAAUUAUACAGUGGGUACCAGAGACUAUUGGAAAUGUUAUAUAAGAUGUAUGACGACUUCUGAACAUCAUUAUAGCAGUACCUGUGCCAUGGGAUCUGUGGUGGACUCCAGAUUAAGGGUGUAUGGUGUGAGAAGACUAAGGGUCGCUGAUGCUAGUGUCAUGCCAUACCCCACUGCAGGAGUUUCCUUAAGGAAGGCUUUCGCGAAGCAGUUUUCAAUUAAGUUCCUCGCUAAUGUGUACACAUCUUUUAUUCAUGGGCUGGGACCUACUUCAGUGAUACGAAUGGAGUACAUAACAAACGCAGCAUCAUCAGAUGCCUACACCAGCAGUGUGCAGCAUGCUCUCAGCGUCCUGACCACUCUGCAUAUCACCAGCUACAUGUGGAUGCCAGAAACCGACGUCAAAGAUGUUGUUUUAGAUAGUGCUGAUGCUGAGUAUGAGUACAUAGUGGUGGGAGCUGGCACGGCAGGCGCUAUCGUCGCUGGCAGACUGGCACAGAGCCAGGCUAGGGUCCUUCUGAUAGAAGCCGGCGGUGAUCCUCCUAUAGAAACCAUUUAUGCUGGCCUUGCCCUAUACACGAGGUGGUCAGAAAUUGACUACAACUUCACAGUACACAGCCAACCUUAUAAUCAACAAUGUCGAGAGGAACCCUACUUUACACUGCAUGCUGGUUUUUUCAUCUACGGUGAUGAUGCUGCUAAACUGCCUUUACAAGAAAACGCCUUCAUUGACCGAUACUGCUCUUGUAUUCGAAACACUCUCUAUAAGGAGUCUAAAGGAUACAAUGUGCUAUAUUCAUUUAUUGAUAACCCAAUGCCAAAAUCGCGAGGUACAGUUACUUUGAGAAGUUCCCACUACAAGGAUCAGCCAAUUAUUGAUGGAGAAUUUUGUACAGUCGAAGAUGACUUAGAAAAUCAUAUUGAUUACUUACAGCAAUAUAUUAAGGUCCAAGAUACUGAUGCGUUCCAGAGCAUUGGAGCGAGAUUCCUAAAUCCUAUAGAGAAGAAGUGUGUCGGGACGUGCGCUAUGGGCUCGGUGGUGGACAGCAAGCUGAAGGUCCUCGGAGUACAGGGGCUGAGGGUAGCAGACGCGAGUAUUAUUCCUGUAAUACCUUCAGUGGGGACUUACGCUCCGACGAUGAUGAUUGGAGAAAAAGCAGCUAGCAUGAUUAUAGAAGAUAAUAUGUAA